UUCCUCUAAUAUUUUUAGUUUUAUAGAACAAUAAUAAGCUUUCUUAGCUUUUUUUAAUUCCUUCUGUUAUUUUGCUUUCAUUUUCUCAUCAUAUGUUUGUUUUAUGCUCUGUGACAAACUUUGGCUUUAAUAAAAUUUGUGGCUGACUCCUUGGCUAAACAAGGAUUAAGGAGGAAUGAUGAAUUUGUGGCUUGGUGUUAAAGCCCACUUCAGCGCAAACAUGAAAUAGUAACUAGGCAAAAAAUGUAAUUUCAUUUCUCUUGUGGUUGAGGAACUCUGAUUUGUCUACUAACUAUGUAAUAGAUCCUGUUCUUGAUCUUAUUCAGCCUUCGAGCUUUAAUAAAAUUGCUCCAAUUAUCAAAAAAAAAAAAAAUCUACAUUCAAUUUUUGUAGAAAUUUAUCAUCUGAAUAACCAAUCUAAACUUAUAGUUUUUCUUUGCAUUUAUCUGUUCCAAUUAUUCUUUUGGGUAGUUUGGUCAUCAAGGUCAGUUUUGAGAUUUUCAUUUUGAUUUUCAAUGUAUAGUUUUUCACAAAUAAAGUAAGAAGCUUAUUUUCAGGAGAAGAGAUAAUAAGACAAUGACACCAAUUGGUCUGUUUUCGUUUUAAAUUUGGUUAUAAAAUGUAAUCUAAUGUAGUUCAUAAUAUAAGUUUGGUUAUAAAAUGUAAUCUAAUGUAGUUCAUAAUAUAAGUUUGAGCUACAUAGUAAAUAAGUUACUUCCUCCGUUUUGUUUUAAAUGCAACAAAUGAAUAUUUUAUAUAAUCACAAAUAAUACUCCUUUGUUACAUUUAGUUCGAAAAAGAGGAAGUAUCUUUUUCGGAAACUUUGCUCUCGCUGAAUUGUGUUUCGAAAUAAGUUUUGGAGAACUGUUCAAAAUUGCAAAAAUUAAAUGAACUAAUAUAAUUCAUCCGCUCUUCUUUUUGAGUUUGGGUGAUAUGGUUACUCCUUCUAAUUAUAGUUUUCCCUAUAUUUUUGAAGCAUAUAUGUCAUUAGGUUCUAACUUCUACUCCUAUUUCUUUCUGCUACUUUUUUUUUUUUUGAAAAGAAAAACCAAGCUAGCUUUCUUUCUGCUACUUACUUUCUACUUUCUAGGCCAUUUGUAAGUUGUAAUGACUAAUGAUGAUAAGUGAUGUCCAUUUUUUUUCCCCUUUAGCCACUAUCGGUUAGAUUUUUUUUCCUUUAAAUACCAUUAUUUUUUUGUUAUCUAAGUUGUCUUUGAAAAAACAUUACUUCUUUUAAUUAACAAAAAAAAGUAUACUAUCAUAUUAUAAUACUCUAAAUUUCUUUCUCCUAAAAUAACUGAAAAAUAACACAAUUUUUUUAGAUGGUAAUGUAAUAGGGCGAAAUAAUUGGGUGGAUAAAAUUGGAACAAUUGAUUCCUAAAAAGCAUGUGACAAAUAGAUGAACAACUUAAAAAGACAUUUGUGACAAUUAAUUUAAGACGAUGUGUAGAGUAAUAAUUAGUCCAUUUUAAUAAUUCGCUAUUACACAAUCUAUACUGUUUUUUUUACGAGAUCUAUAUUGUUUAUAACUAUGCAUUAAUUAAGUCAAAUUUCAAAUUAUACAUUUAUUAUUAAAAACAACCAUACAUUCUAUUUUUUUACAGCCGUGCGAUGCACGGGUACUAACCUAGUGUUUUCUAUUCUUGAACGAGACUUUUCGCAAUUGGCUUGCACGGUUGCACCCCUGCUUUCAUGCAUUGCAAAUCAGCAAAGGAUUUGCAUCAAAUUACCCGGUUUUUUUUUUUUUUUCCCGAAAGUAUUGCUAGAUUUUCAAUUUUGUCGAAAUUCCAGAAACUAUGUAAUGCUUACUAACCCCGAAGAAAACUAUGAAUUUAUUAUUUUCUAAGUUCAAAUCCAUUGGAAAAGUUUCUCCGUUUGUAUUACGCUCGUACUUAGUACGAGCAACUUUACCACAUAAUGUCUAUACAAAUACAACAAAAUCUUCCAAUUUAAUUGAAGAUUUUACCAAUUUCUGCUGUACUAGAGAUUUACCCAGAGCAGUAAAUGCCAUGAAAAGCUUGGAAAAUCAUGCUUUAAUGGCAGAUUGUAUUGCUUACUCUGAUCUCAUCAAAUGUUGUAUUUCUUACAGAGCAAUUGAAGAGGGGAAACUUGUUCAUAGACAUUUGUUCUCAAAUGGGUACCAACCGAAAUCUUUUUUACUCAGCAUGUUGCUGAAUAUGUAUGAAAAAUUCAACCUCUUGGGCGAAGCAGAGAAACUGUUCGAUAAAAUGCCUGAAAGAAAUGUUGUAGCUUGGACUACUAUGAUCUCAGCUUAUUGUAAUGCUAAGAUUAGUCACAAGGCUAUGGAAUUUUUUAUUUUGAUGCUCAGAGAAGGCGUUAGACCGAAUAUGUAUACGUUUUCCUCGAUUUUGAGAGCUAGUGAUGGGUUGUUGAGCCUUAGGCAGGUGCAUUGUGGUAUAUUUAAGUUUGGUUUAGAGUCUGAUGUUUUUGUUAGGAGUGCAUUGAUUGAUGCUUAUGCAAAGUGGGGUGAAUUGGGUUAUGCAUUGGCUGUUUUUGAGGAGUUUGUGACUGGGGAUUUGGUUGUUUGGAAUUCGAUAAUUGGAGCUUUUGCUCAGAAUUGUGAAAGUGAUGAGGCUUUGAAUCUCUUCAAAAGGAUGAAGAAAGCUGGUUUUCCAGCUGAGCAAGCAACAUUGACAAGCACUUUAAGAGCUGUUACCGGGUUAUCAUUGUUAGAAUUGGGGAGGCAAGUGCAUGUUUAUGUGAUGAAGUAUGACCAAGAUUUGAUCCUCAACAAUGCGCUGCUUGAUAUGUAUUGCAAGUGUGGUGGGUUAGAUGAUGCACGCUUGGUUUUUAGCCAAAUGAAGGAGAGAGAUGUAAUCUCCUGGAGCACUAUGAUUAUAGGACUAGCUCAAAAUGGAUUCAGCAGAGAAGCCUUAAAUUUGUUUGAAAAGAUGAAACUAUCUGGGACUGGACCGAACUAUAUUACAAUUGUCGGUGUCCUAUUUGCUUGUAGCCAUGCUGGUCUCUUAGAGGAAGGGUGGUAUUAUUUUCGGUCCAUGAAGAAGAUAUUCGGGAUUGAUCCCGGAAGAGAGCAUUACGGUUGCAUGAUUGAUCUUCUAGGAAGGGCAGGUAAACUUGAUGAUGCUGUUAGGUUACUUCAUGAGAUGAACUGUGAACCUGAUGCAGUGACUUGGAGAACCCUCCUUGGCGCUUGUAAGAUGCACAAAAAUCCAGACAUAGCUAUUUAUGCUGCUAAGCAAAUCUUGAAGCUUGAACCUGAUGAUGUGGGGACAUAUAUACUAUUAUCAAAUAUAUAUGAGAAUUCUCAGAGAUGGGAAGAUGCCAUGACUUUGAGAAAGACAAUGAAAGAAAGAGGAAUCAGAAAGGAACCAGGAUGCAGUUGGAUUGAAGUAGAUAAAAGAAUCCAUGCUUUUAUCUUCCGAGAUAUGUCACAUCCUCAAAUAGAUGACAUUAUUCAGGAGUUGAAUCAGUUGGUAUUCAAACUAAGAGGGGUAGGUUAUGUUCCGGACACGAACUUCAUCUUGCAAGAUCUCGAGGGAGAGCAAAAGGAAGACUCACUUCAGUAUCAUAGUGAAAAACUUGCAAUUGUACUCGGGUUGAUGAGCUUGCCGAGAGAAAGUGUUAUCAGGAUUAGGAAGAACCUGAGAAUAUGUGGAGACUGCCAUCUCUUUGCAAAGCUUGUGGCGAAAACAGAGAAGAGGACUAUUGUAAUUAGAGAUCAAGUAAGAUACCAUCAUUUUCAGGAUGGUACAUGUUCUUGCGGGGAUUAUUGGUAAAGAAAGGAAGGAAGCAAGUGAAGGAAGAGAGAUGCAAUCAUAUUAGCAAAGUGAAACAUCCACGUACAGAUGAACAGCAUUUCAAGCCGAAGUUUAAUGGGACUGUUCUCUCACUGCUGUUCUCCCAAUUCUGGGAAUGAAAGUGAGGAAGAAGUCUAAAAUCUUGCAGCAAGAAGAAUAUUUGCACUCUUUCUGUCUCCAUAGAGUUGGACAAAGUGCAGUAGUGACAACCAUAUGUGAUACUAUAUGUUAUACUGACAGAGGCCAUCUCAGAGAAAUUUAAAGAACGGAAAACUUCAUCAGCCAAUUUUUCUAGGUUGGAAGAAACAAAAAUGGAUGCAGAGAUGGGUAUAAAGUUGAUAUAAACAUGGGAAAAUGUUGUUCCAGUUAGGACACUGGCACGUCAAGGUGUUCGAGAUUUAUAGUUAUUGUAUCAUUGAAUUCAAUGAAGGUAAUUAAAGGAAUGCUCAUUGAUUAAUACUAUUGUAUCAUUGAAUUAUAUUAAGGUAAUUAAAGGAAUGUUCAUGACUUUCUUUUCUCUUCA